CCAUCACAGAUCACACCGCCCGCACAUUGCCUGCUUACUGGCUCCCCGCCAUUGCUGACCAGUGACCGCAACCACCACCUUCCUGCCACUAUAUAUAUACCCCGCGCGCGCGCUGACGCAGUGACAAAUCGCACGGGCGGCGCGCGGCUUAGCUGUAUUGCACUGUCCACCACCACCAGCAUCAAAUAUCUCCGGCGAGAGCUUCAGCGAUAUUUGUUUCUGGAGAGCUUGCCGGGAAGGAGGAGGAGGAGGAGGAGCGGCGGCGGCAUGGUGUUCUUCUGCUUCCUGGUGGACCAGCGGCGGAAGGUGCGGAGCAGCAAGCCGGCGGCGGGGAUCUGCUCGCGGUGCGGCGGCUGCGCCAGCGUGGCGGACAUGGAGACGGCCACGCGGCUCUGCUACCUCCUCACCGUGCACCGCGUCACCUGGCGCGCCAUCAUCUGCACCUUCUGCGGCGCCAUGCUCAAGUCCUACCGCCACUACAGGCUCUACUAGACCGGCGAUUGAUCUGCGCGCGCGACGGACGUCUCCACCCGCGUCCCGUUUCCUGACGGCCGGUGGACUGGAGCCUGCAUGUAUGUGCUAGCUAGUUUUGUUUGCUCGAUCUGCUUAUUAAUUUGUGUUUCAGGCAUGCUCUCUAGCUUGAGCUUGGAGAUUGUUGCACUGGAUUCUUGUGGUCUUAUGUACAUAUACGGGGUAGUAUUCUGCAAGGUGGCAAGUCUUGAUUAGUUAUUUAAUUUCCUCCGAAGGUUGCAUUGCCUUGUCUUCUCACUCUCCGUCGAGACUGUAAAAACUGAGAAAGGGUUUUGCUCCUAUUGCA